AUGAAGCGAAAGAAAGACGCUGACCCUUCGCCUCCAAAGGCAAAGCGAAAUAAGGGCAAAGCCGUCGAUCGCGGGUUGCCUUCUUUGUUUGCGCAUACGCAAACAAGUUUAUUCAAAAAUACAGCUUUUGAAGCAAAUGAUGAUAAUUUUCAAGAAACACCAUUAUUUAGAAAAGACAAGAACAUCUGUACUACUUUGAAAGCUGCUAAAGAAGACACGUCUGCUUCUGGUUCCUCAAAUGUUGUCAUUAAUAAAAAUACACCUAUACCUACAGUCAACAAAAAUACGAGUGUUCAAGAUACCUUUAAAAAAUAUCAAAGCAAGAUUGAUAAGUCAGAAGCACUUAAAAAGGAAAAAAAGAACAAGACAACAACUAAUGAGCAAAAACAAAUUCGAUAUCCUUCUUGUGGUGGAGCUGAUUACUCUCGCUCCUCCAGCAAGUUGCGUCCUAUGAAGAAAUCAAAAACGAAACUUCCAAAGCCCAAGGAUACCGUCGAGAAAACCUUUGUAAUCAAGACAUCUUUGGCUAAUACUUGCAAAUAUCCCAAGUUCGUUACCUUGAUUCAAGAAGUAGUUGACCAUAUUACUCAAUUGGUAUACGCUGGAUCCAUCUUUGCUAAUUACUAUUUCUUGGAACUUCUCGAGAAUGGUGAAGAAUUACCCGUGGUCGUCCAAAGCCUGUUCUAUAAUAUAUUUUUCAUCUUUGCUGGCCAAGGAAAGCAUGCAUCCGAUAAUAUCAAGAAGAGUUUCAAGGUCUUUUGUAAAUCUACUCCUCUUACUCAAUCUGACUUGUACAAGUAUGCAAGUAAAGGGUAUAUGGCCAUUGUAUCAUCCAUGGCUAAGCAAUAUGAAACACUGAUCCGCACCUAUGUAUGCUCUAAUGAGGAUCGAACUCUCAGGCAUAUUCUUAAUGUCUUAUCAGAAAAGGCUUCCCCUUACUUCUGUGGUGAUAGUUUAACAGUCAAACAGCGCAAGCCUUUAGCAAAGCAUAUCUUUCAACAAAAUAUGAACCUCGAGUCUGCCUGGCCAUCCACUGUUGAUCUAAAUGAGCGACAUGAAACCAUUGCCAAUAGCUUUCUUACUUUCUGGUCAAUGUACGAUGCCUCCAGUAAUGCUGAUGUACCAAGUGAAGCUAAUUUGUAUGCCAAGCCUCGACGCCACAUGAAAUGGUUACAUUUUAUAAAGCAAGAAAUGGAGAAAAAGAAGUUCAUUCAAGAAAUGAAACCUCAAGGCAAAGCAUCAAUCAGUUAUGUCCAUCGAAAGUUACAAAAGCUUCCUUUUGUCAAGAAGUUGAACACAAGCAAGUACAGAUUAUUAAAGAAAAACAUCUUGAUCACUAUCAAUUCCAAUAAGACCUUAGAAAUAUUGAUAAAAAGGAUAUCGAUGCUGUUCAAACCUUUAUCAAAACAGUACAAGACAAGACCUUCAUGCUUCUCAAAUACACUGGCCCUCGAGGAUCAAGAUACUUUUCUUUACUUCCCCUGUACAAGGUUGAUUCCAAGAGUAUACAGAUUGACGCUCAAGAGUUUUGGAGACUUGCCAAGCAAUGUGAACAAGAUCAAACCAAGUCAAAAGAACGAUAAUGACUUAACUUUAUGGUACUUUAAUGUCUUUGAUUUUUCAAAAAUAGGCUACAAGACACUUGAAAGCUUGACUUCACGUUUAAAGAAGCUUGCAAAUGUGAUCACUACUGAUGGCUAUACUACUGUCGCUAUCCAAGAUGAACCUAGAAGAGAACCAAAGACGCCCAAGGAUUCUGCUGAUUCCGUUGACGAUGCAGAAAUUUGGGCUGCUGAUCCUGGCAUACCAUCUAUCUUUACUGCAGUAGACUCUACAGAGCAUAAACGUAUCCGAACAACAACAGCAAGAAAUAUGGCACAUCAAGCACAAUUGGCGCUAAAAACCAAACCCCAAACAAAAGCAAAUAUGUACCUCUACCCCCUGCUGUCCUCCCUUCCUCCUCUCAACAUAAACGGAUUAUUGCGUUUGGAAAUGGUUCUUUUGGUUCAAGUAUGA